AUGGGAAAGUUCAAUGGUCAUUUUUACCCAGGACUGUAUCUUUUCUCUUUUGGACUACAUCAGACAAUAGUGGUCUCCAAAGCCAUGAUACUCAAUGACUCUCUUCUGUUUCCUUCAUGUCAUCCCAAGAAUAAAGGGAGAUGGACGAAUCUCUGGAACAUAUCCUUUGGUGGUUUGGUGAAGAUAGUGACUGGCUCCAUCUUAACAGCCUAUGUGGUCCUCUGCCUUGAUGAUGGGAUGGUGCUGAUGAACAACCAGGUGCCACCAAGGUUUAUGUAUCCCAAAGAGUGGCAGCACCUCACCAUGUUCAUCCUCCUCAUCCUCACUGGCUGUAUGGACCUCGUGAGCAAGAACUUGCUGCCUCAGAGGUGUGUGGUAUUAGAAAAAGGUGUCCUGGUCCUGACCUUCUAUGUGCUCUUGCUGCUCUUGGUGUCACAUACUCAUAUCUCAGCAGGGGUGGAGCUGCAGGUUCAUUCUCUGCUCAUCUUGGUGGUGUUCCUGCUGAUGCUGGUGUUGACCACAGAACUGUGGGCCCCUGACAUGCCUCACCUCUGGCUGAUCGAGACCUUUCUGUUUCUGACAAUGGGCUCCUGGCUGAUGCAGGCAGGCUUUAUUCUAUACAGACCACUCACUGGCUACCCAUGGCAGGACGAUGACAUCAAUGAUGUCAUGUUUGUCACCACCUUCUUCUGCUGGCACGUGAUGAUCAAUGCUUCAUGCCUGUCAGGAAUCUAUGGUUUCUCCUCCUUCUGGUAUCAUUUCAGUCCCAGCCUGAAGCUGACAAGGUACAAAGAAGCUCCAUAUCCCGUGAACACCCCAGAGCCCCUCUACAAGUUGCUGCGGGAAGUGGAGCCAUCUGAGAAAGAUGACCAGCCUUUCCUCCUUUCAAAGGGCUCACCUUGA